AUGCCCAUCCGACCCUUUCCCUUCGAACUCAACAUAGGCACAGACGUCGCACACGUUUCUCGCAUCAAAAAUCUCCUCGUGAAAGACGCCGCUCAACCCAAAAAUCUCGUGGGCUUCCUGAAGCGAGUACUGACCCGCCGCGAACGAGUGCAAUUUUGGAGCCGAUACGGAUCAUUCGACUUACAGGACCCAAAAGCAGCGAGAGCGGUGCAUCAAUUCCUAGCUGGGCGCUUCGCAGCCAAAGAGGCCGCAAUCAAGGCAAUUUCGCAGCGAAGGCUCAGCUUUCAUGAUGUUGUGAUCCGCACGCCGCUUUUUGGAGAACCAAUGUCGGCUGUUAUCCUCGAUAAGACGAGUGCUGAUGACCGACCUAUCAAGCACGAGGUCGAACUCCUGCAAAAGGCGAAGCCCAUCAACCCGGCGACACAAGAGAAACGCCAUGGUCUCUCGCCCUUGGCAUUCGAAAAUGCUUGGCCUUCGAAACAAUCCACUACGGAAUCGACACAGCAGGCUGCUGUACCUGAGGCUCCAUGCCGUGAUGAGGAGGCGGCUGAUGUCGAAGAGGCUACUGAAGACGAGGUCGAGCUCUUAGGCACCGUCGCCAAGCUCAGCAUCAGUCACGACGGGGACUACGCUACUGCGGUCUGCCUCGCCGCAGAGGAGCCUCAGGAGGGCGACGUGGGAGGCGAAGCUGCGGCGAGGGGUUACAUGAUCUCCACGGACGAGGCGCCGAAGUGGCAGGGAUGA